AUGAAAGCGGUCCGGUUAGGUUCACAGAGUGUUUUUCAUGUUCUGAAUUACCUCUUUCUAUUUCUGUUUCUUUCACCUUUUGUUUUAGUUGCUUUCUCUGGCCUGGGCUUUACUUCAUUUUACUUGGCAGGCAAGUUGCAGUGCUUCACAGCUGCCGGAUGUGGGCGCAGCUGGCGUCUCUGUGCCAUGAUCCUGCCCCUCUACAGUGCAAUUAUGAUUGCCCUGUCCCGCACCUGCGACUACAAGCAUCACUGGCAAGAUGCUUUUGUUGGGGGAUUGAUUGACCUCUUCUUUGCCUACAUCUGUUAUCGGCAGCACUACCCACCCAUCCUGGACAUAGACUGCCACCUGCCAUAUGCUAGUCUUGCUGUAGCGACUGGCCACAACAUGCCAUCCUCCCAGGAUCAACCUCUACCCACUAUCAAUGCCACCAGCCUGCCUCUGGAGGGCAUGACUGAGGGACCAGUAUGACUAAUAGAGACCCUCAAGGCUCACACCCCUCUGACCCCCUACCACACCAAUGUGGUAUGAACCACA